AAUCACCUGACCACCAACACGGAAGUGCUUCCGACCAAAACAUGCACUGGAGAAUUCUCUGAAGCUCAGCCUCACAAACGGUGGUUGUCACAUGUAUAUGUAUUGAUAUUCCAGCCAUGGUGCACUGCUUCCUCAUCAACACCGUGUGCCCGGUCAGCGCGCUGGAGGCCGGGGACAGCCGGGUCCUAUUCUCCCGGGUCUUCGGACCGGACGACGCCUCGCAGGACGAGGCGCUGAGCGCCGAGGAGCGACGGGCUCUGCAGAGGGACAAGCUGCUGCUGGUGGCGAGGCAGGUGCUGAGCUCCGUCACCCUGUCGCGGGAGGCGUCCGGCCGCGGGCCGACGGAGGGCGUGGCGGCGGCGGCGGCGACGGACGAGGCCACCGCCCUGCAGGAGGCGGACUCCGGGGUGCAGCGCCUGCGGGCCGGGGACCCCUUUCUGGGGGAGCGCAGCGUGCUGUGGCUGGCCGUCCAGAGCCUGGCCUUCAGCCUGGUGUGCCUGCCCCACGAGAACCUGCUGCUGGCGGAGGGGACGCUGCGCAGCUUGGCCCGCCACUGCCUGGAGCACCUCCGGCUGCUGGGGCACGGCAGUGAGGUACUGCUUAAGGUGGAUCGCAUCGACUUCCUGCUGUCCAAGCUUCUUCCUCAUGGCCAGCUCCUCUUCCUCAACCACCGCUUUACCCAGAGCCUGGAGAAGGACAUAGCCGCCUACAUGGCGAAAUAAAGAACUACAAAUCGACGCCAAAAGAACUACAUCCACCAUCAACCCCUUUACUCUGAACCAGCUAGCCUCGUGUGAUGGCGUCUUCUGAGCUAGCGACUUUGCGUAGCUUAGUCCCGUGAAAUGAAGUCAUUAGGCUAUAUGCACAAGGCUAACAAUUCUAUUGUGGCACCGCCAACUGUUCUGAUGUUAAGUGUCGUGAUGCUAAUGACGUUGGGAUGCUAAGUGUCGCGAUUUUAUGCGUCUGUGUAAGUGUGAUGGCAAAGUUCUCAAAGUUCUUCAGAAACGAGGGGUUUCUCCAGACAUUCAACCCUCAGUCAAGCUCUCACAUGAGAGCUUUGCUGAGAAACAGUUUGUUUGACUGUUUUCAAGGUCCCCCUGUUUCCCCACCCGCUGUGAUGCCGUUUACAAACCGCUUAUAAAUGAACCCAUUAGUGAUGUCACAAGUGGGAGUGUCUCCGCCUCCAGAUGACGGAUGGAUCGUUCUACCGGGCGCGAGCUUGACGGCUAAUCAACGGCACACCGGGUGGUAAAACAGGACCCCUUUAAGUGCUAUUAAAUCAAUGUUUGAUGACCUUAGUUUUUUUCUUGACGUGAAUAUCUCGCUCGGAAGCGUGUCACCUCCUCAACCACGGGUAACGACUGUCGCUUAAGGAGGGGGAACAUCUCACCCCAGAGCUGUGAUCCGUCAGCACGGAGAGAGAGAGAGAGAGAGAGAGAGAGAGAGUCAAAAUGGAGGACGACGAGGAGCUUGUGCGUUGAGAGUUGCUGGGAGGUUCUUCUGUAAAGUUAGAUCAAUGAAUUCACACGGCGGUGCAGUCACCCAAGGACAUCCUGGCUCUUUGUUUACCUGCGAGAGGAGCUCUGUUGACAUGGAGACAGGCGAUUCGCCGCCGCUCCUGUUUCACUGUACUGUACUGUGAGAUGACAUUAAAAUGAAUUAUGUUCA